UAAACUUUUACGUGUACAUGGUGUCACAAAAAUAAAUGACGGGAAAAAGUAGUAAACAAACAAGUAAUAAAAAAUUAAAAUUGUAUUAUAAAAAGUAGAUGUGUUACAUUUCUUGAUUUUCUUGUGCUUCUAGUUUGAUCAUACUCUGUUACCUUUAAGUGUUGAAUUUGCAUCUAAAUAAAUAAUGAUUGAGAUCGAUGACGAACUAGCAUGUUACAUUCAUGGUAUUGUCAGUUCUGAUUCAGAUAGUGACUGUGACGUUUCAAAAGAACUUGAUGAAGUGUAUAAUUUGUUGAAGCCGCCUCCAUACGAUUAUGAAUCGAUAAAAAACAAGAUUGUCACUAUUUCGUCGCAAAACACAACUGCGUGCCAAAAUGAGUUAAUGAAUUUACAAAACGACGAUGAAAUUGAAAGAAUCGAAUUUGUAAACGAUGUAACGUCAAAAACAAAGAAGGAUAAGAAUGCGGUACAAAAGUUAAAUGGAGCUCAAAAUAUCGAGAUUAAAUUUCGCAAUAAGAAAACGAAUGUAGGUAAAAGAAUUGUAGAUUUAUACGCCCAGGUUGCAUGUAGUAAAUCUGAAGCCGAUUCAAGUUUACUGUCAAAAUCCAAAGCAAAAUCGAAAACCAGUAAACGUUCACAGAAAAAAGAAAAAUCUAAAUAUUCCACUGCUAGAACUUAUAAACAAAGAAAUAUCGUACUUCAUGAGGAAAAGCACAUUGGUUUAAAUAUAAGAACGAGGGAAGAAUUCGUAAAGGAAUUUCCCAGUGUCGAUGAAGUGUACAAAGAUAGGUGUCGUAGCAAGAGGAAAAUUUUCAAAACGCAGCCUAACACGUUGAGUGUCAAACAGAGGAAAAAAAGAGAUUCAGUCCCAUGGAAAAGGACAAAAUUGGGAUCAAUGUUAGGAGAGAACAACACAAUAACGAAUCUCAUGAUGUAUUUGAAACUGCUAAGAAAAGAAAAAUUAGGAGAAAGUUGAAACAGUCGAUUAAGAUUCCUCUAAGAAAAGAUCUACUAGAAAAAGCCGGUGUUACCAAUCAUAUUAUACUGUGGGCGCAGGGUAAAAAACUCGCCAAAAUUUGCGUACCUAUUUAUAUAUAUACAUAGUUACGAUUACUAAUUAUGUAUU